AUGUACACGUACGGUUGCUCCGCCUCCCGCCGUGGCAAUAGUUACAAAACUAUAUCUUUUUCCUUCUUUCUUUCUUUUCUUUUUCUAAAAAAAAAUAAAGGUAAAGAUAGUAGGGUUUUGGAAAGUGGUCCACGGCUUCCCGAACACCAUCAAGGUUUUUCUUCGGUAGUUGUCUGCCGUCUUUGCUAAGUAUAGCGCAAGAUGGAAAAGAAAAAGAAGUAUGGCAGCCCACCAACCAACCUAAUAUAUUAUACCAGAUGAUAAAUAGGUUAUGACGAAACUACUACCACUGAAUUUAUAACAGCAAUCCGGUCCAUUCGGGGCGCUAGCUGGUUAACUAGAGUCAAUUAAUACCUGUCGAUACCCCCCGUUGCUGGAGGACUCUGAAGAGCGCGAAAGAGGCACUCCCAUGUGCCGUAGUGCAUAACACUACAUACUUGGGAAACGGAAAAAACAGCAUAUCUGGGGCAGCAUACCGUUCGGAACAGAGCGCUUCUCGCGACAAAGAAAGCGAUUCUGAAAAUCUAAAGAAGCACGAAUCAGCAGGAGUGAGCGCCGUGGCGCCAAUGGGUACGGGGCUCUAAUUCAGCCGGCAGUGGAAGAGCACACGCACUACGGGUAAGUAAAGUAUACGGACUGAUGAUAGGUAGGUAAGGCUACAUUAAACGAGUGAUAAUUUAUGCUUCAUCCACGAUUUUGGGACUGUUCAAUGCCACUGCUGCCGUACAGUACUAUAUCUGUUAUGGUACCCGUGGAACGGGACUUGAUUUCAUGGUCAAGAUAUCCCUUGUUGUGUUGGCCUGCCUCGAUGAGCAAGCCUAGAAAGUGUAGGGCCUCGCAACUUCACCUCUAAGCUCAGGCUUGGAGGGCAAUGGCAGCCAGCCUUUCUACGUUACUUUUCACGUGUUAGAAACACUUGCACUAAGUCUUCAUAUUUUCUUUUCUCUAAAUUUGUAUCUAAACAAUCCCCACAUCUACGCUUC